GGAUGUAGGCCAGCUUCCGGUGUUAUGGCAGCCUGAAGUCCCCGGAGGGAGUCGGGAGUCGGUGCAGCGGCUGCAGGCCCCUCCCUGCGGAGCCGCGGGUCCGGCGCGCGGGGAUGUGACGGCAGGCCCGGUCGGCGUGCCUCAGGCGUGUCGUCCGCUCCUUGUCAGCGCCCUCAGCCCUCACCGAUGGCGGGAUCCGGCUGUGCGUGGGGCGCGGAGCCGCCGCGCUUCCUGGAGGCCUUCGGGCGGCUGUGGCAGGUACAGAGCCGCCUGGGUAGCGGCUCCUCAGCCUCCGUGUACCGGGUGCGCUGCUGCGGCACCCCGGGCUCGCCCCCCGGCGCCCUCAAGCAGUUCCUGCCUCCGGGAACCACCGGGGCCGCCGCCUCGGCUGCCGAGUACGGUUUCCGCAAAGAGAGGGCCGCUCUGGAGCAGCUGCAGGGCCACAGGAACAUCGUGACUUUAUAUGGAGUCUUUACAAUUCACUUCUCUCCAAAUGUGCCAUCACGAUGUCUGUUGCUUGAACUCCUGGAUGUGAGUGUAUCGGAAUUGCUUUUAUAUUCCAGUCACCAGGGUUGUUCAAUGUGGAUGAUACAGCAUUGUGCCAGAGAUGUUCUGGAAGCCCUGGCUUUUCUUCAUCAUGAAGGUUAUGUCCAUGCAGACCUCAAACCACGUAACAUUUUGUGGAGUGCAGAGAAUGAGUGUUUUAAACUCAUUGACUUUGGACUAAGCUUCAAAGAAGGUAAUCAGGAUGUAAAGUAUAUUCAGACAGACGGGUAUCGGGCUCCAGAAGCAGAACUGCAAAAUUGCUUAGCCCAAGCUGGCCUGCAGAGUGAUACAGAAUGUACCUCAGCUGUUGAUCUGUGGAGCUUAGGAAUCAUUUUACUGGAAAUGUUCUCAGGAAUGAAACUGAAACAUACAGUCCGAUCUCAGGAAUGGAAGGCGAACAGUUCUGCUAUUAUUGAUCAUAUAUUUGCUAGUAAAGCAGUGGUGAAUGCUGCGAUUCCAGCCUAUCACUUACGAGACCUUAUCAAAAGCAUGCUUCAUGACGAUCCAAGCAGAAGGAUUCCUGCUGAAAUGGCUUUGUGCAGUCCAUUCUUUAGCAUUCCUUUUGCCCCUCAUAUUGAAGAUCUGGUGAUGCUCCCUACUCCAGUACUAAGACUGCUGAAUGUGCUGGAUGAUGAUUAUCUUGAGAAUGAAGAAGAAUAUGAAGAUGUUGUAGAAGAUGUGAAAGAGGAAUGUCAGAAAUAUGGACCAGUGGUAUCUCUGCUUGUUCCAAAGGAAAAUCCUGGCAGAGGACAAGUCUUUGUUGAGUAUGCAAAUGCUGGAGACUCCAAAGCUGCUCAGAAAUUGCUGACUGGAAGGAUGUUUGAUGGGAAGUUUGUUGUGGCUACAUUCUACCCGCUGAGUGCCUACAAGAGGGGAUAUCUGUAUCAAACCUUGCUUUAAUCGUAACCUAAGACUUUCCUGUUUCUCCUCUUCGAUUUCCUGGAUUAUUGUAUUUUACACCUGAAUGCAGGAGCUCCCUUUACAAUUUCAAGGGGUACUUGUACAUUUAUUUAAUCCUAAUGCGCGGCCAUUGCCAAAGCCGUGACUGCAUUGCAAACAUUUGGCACUGAGUAGGACGAGACCUCUCAGCUAUACACGGAGGGGUUCUAGAGCAUCCAUGUGGGCAACCUCUUCUUGUGCAGUAGGGCAGGUGCUGCUCUUCAUUAUGUAACCUAAAGCGUUAUUAAGUAUUUCAUGUGAUCAUGAAACAAGGAUGAAUAAUAUGUCAUAGUGAAUAUUAACAAAUUUGGUAGGGUUGGUGACAUCACUUACAGAUUAUUCCUUUUUUGUUGUCAGGUGGUUCUUAUUGUUGCUGUCCAUAGCUGGCACUGGAUGCUCCCAAUAAUGUUAAGUAAUUGUCAAGCAGCAGUUACCCACUGUGUUCUUAACACUGAGUUAUGACAUUUUUUAAGGGAGUACUAUAGUACUUAAUAUUCCUUUAAAGAAACUGCAGUGAGCCUAUCAACAUUUUUUAAAUUAUUAUUGAGGCUUUUUAAAUAGAAAGCUGAUGCUUGA